GAUCUGCGAUGGACUUACACUGGAAUUCCGGAGCCAAGACAGCGACUGCAACAGUCGAGCUUCUCGAACGACAGAAUAUCAACAUCAAAACCCAUGGGAAACAUCAAACAAUAUCUGGGCAUUUGAAGUGCUCGGAGAACUACAAAAGGGCGGAUAUACAGUACAGGAACAUUUGUAUGGCAAGUCUUCUAGAUCAUGGUGAUUGCAUCAUCCUGGCUGAGUAUUUCCAUGCAAAGAUAGAGGAUGGGAUGCUUACCGUGCGCUUCAUCGCGUGAAGAUGUAGUGCUAUGUUGCGAUAUGCGACUGUUUUGGAUUUGUAUCUUU